GAUUUCAGUGUCAUCCACGAUAGAGCCUGCAGUGAUCAUCUAACUCAGGAACUUAUCCAGGCAGGAUAUUUUAAACUACUGGAAUGAACAAAAUCGUUACCCUUGCUAUUCUCAUUUCUUUGGGGAUUGCCUGUGAAUCGGCAAAUCCAUGCUGCUCUCAACCCUGUCAAAACAGAGGAGUCUGUAUGACGACAGGACCAGAACAUUAUGAAUGUGAUUGCACGGGUACUGGAUAUUCUGGACCAAACUGUAGCUCCCCUGAAUUCUUCACGUGGAUAAAGACUGUUCUGAAACCAAGUCCCAAUACAGUGCAUUAUUUUCUGACACAUUUUAAGGGUUUUUGGAAUAUCGUCAACAACAUUCCAUUUUUACGGGAUUCCAUGAUGCGAUAUGUUUUAACAUCUAGGUCACAUUUGAUUGAGAGUCCUCCUACUUACAACUCAGUUUAUGACUACAAGAGUUGGGAAGCUUUUUCAAACCUCUCUUAUUACACAAGGACACUUCCACCAGUCCCCAAAGAGUGCCCUACGCCUAUGGGAGUCGCAGGAAAGAAAACCUUGCCUGAUGUCAAACUGAUAGUGGAGAAGUUCCUUUUGAGAAGGAGAUUUGUCCCAGACCCGCAAGGAACCAGCCUGAUGUUUGCCUUCUUCGCUCAGCACUUCACCCACCAGUUCUUCAAGACAGACUUUAAAAAAGGAGCAGCUUUCACAAGAGGCCUGGGGCAUGGGGUGGAUUUAAGCCACAUUUAUGGGGAGACUCUGGAGAGGCAGCACAAGCUCCGACUGUUUAAGGAUGGCAAACUGAAGUACAAGAUGAUCGAUGGCGAAAUGUACCCUCCUUUGGUGAAGGACGUCCAGGUGGACAUGCACUACCCUCCUCAUGUGCCCGAAGAGCACAGAUUCGCAGUGGGGCACGACGCCUUUGGCCUUGUGCCAGGGCUCAUGAUGUAUGCCACUAUCUGGCUGAGAGAACAUAACCGAGUGUGUGAUGUCCUGAGACAGGAGCACCCAGAGUGGGACGAUGAGCGCAUCUUCCAAACCUCCAGGCUCAUCCUCAUUGGUGAGACCAUAAAAAUUGUGAUUGAAGAUUACGUGCAGCACCUGAGUGGAUACCACUUUAAGCUGAAGUUUGACCCCGAGCUGCUUUUCAACCAACGCUUUCAGUACCAGAACCGUAUUGCAGCCGAGUUCAACACUCUGUACCACUGGCAUCCACUCAUGCCUGACUCCUUCCACAUUGAAGACCAGGAAUACAGCUACCAGCAGUUUAUUUUCAACAACUCUGUGGUAAUAGAGCAUGGCAUCAAUGGGCUGGUAGAGUCAUUCACUAAGCAAAUUGCUGGCAGGGUUGCAGGCGGUAGAAAUGUCCCUCCAGCUGUGAUGGCGGUAGCUAUGAAAUCCAUCGAACACAGCAGAGAAAUGAGGUAUCAGUCCCUGAACGCCUACAGAAAACGAUUCUCCAUGAAACCUUUCACCUCCUUUGAAGAUCUCACAGGAGAGAAGGAAAUGGCGGCCGAACUAGAAGAGCUCUAUGGAGACAUUGAUGCCAUGGAGCUGUAUCCUGGUUUGCUGAUUGAGAAGCCUAGGCCUAAUGCCAUUUUUGGGGAGACCAUGGUGGAAAUGGGGGCUCCAUAUUCUCUGAAGGGCCUGAUGGGUAAUCCAAUCUGCUCCCCAGAAUACUGGAAACCAAGCACCUUCGGUGGAAAAGUUGGGUUUGACAUUGUGAAUACUGCCUCACUACAAACUCUUGUAUGUCGCAAUGUCAAGGGUCCAUGCCCAGCAGUGUCUUUCCACGUGCCUGAUAUGAAGCAUACAGGAUCUGCGACAAUCAAUUCAAGUACUGCUCACUCUGGACAAAGUGAUCUAAAUCCCACUGUAUUACUGAAAGAAAGGACUUCUGAGCUCUAAGGAAGGAAAAAAAAAAGAGAGACCUUUUUUUACUACUGAAGAUUUUUAUGUUUAUUGCAUUAG